AUGCUGGACCCCGAGGACUGUGGAGUGACAAUGAUGUCCACUCAUAAGAUUUCCUUUUCAAUAAUUGAUAUAUUGGAUCCUAACAAGUUCAACAGCGGAAGGGGGACCGAACUUUCCAAGGAGAAGUUUCCCGGAGCAAAUGCAGAGGAAGCAAGUUUGGAGUCGGACAGCGCUGCGAGGGGAGACUUCACGGAAGCAGGGGAAGAGACCAGAUAUGCGCAUCCAUCCUGCAGGCAUCACUCAGACAUUGCAGACCCCCUCCACUCCUCCCCGGCGGACACAGACCCCGGUCUCCCCGGAGAUCAGGACCAGGACGACGGAGAGCCAGCGGUCAGCCCGCAGGCCCCAUCCGCGCACAAGCGUCGGCGCACGGACCAGGCCUGCGCCAAACCGCGGCGCGCCAGGACAGCGUUCACAUACGAGCAGCUGGUGGCUCUGGAGAACAAGUUCCGCGCCACUCGGUACCUGUCCGUGUGCGAGAGACUCAACCUGGCCCUGUCCCUGAGCCUGACCGAGACCCAGGUGAAAAUCUGGUUCCAGAACAGGAGGACGAAGUGGAAAAAGCAGAACCCCGGGGCGGACAGCACCUUGCAGCCCGGCUCCAACUCCCUCGUCAGUCCGAACCCGGCCUCCUGUGGCUCGAGCUCCGCCAGCUUCCACCAGACUUUCCCGAACUUCAGCUCCGGGAAUGUGAUCUUCCACACGGCCGGUGCUGUUCCGCUUGCAUCCACCGGGGGGCUCCUGCAUCCCUUCAUGUCCAGUGGAUUCCUGCAGCCCACGUACUUUAGCCCGCAUCUAUGA